AAAUACCAAAAAAAAAAACAAAGGCAGAGAAAAAAAUCUAAUCUUCAAAUUUCUUUUCUUUGCUUUCAAUGAUCCGUCAUGAAUAAAUCCUGGCAGAUUUAGAACGCACCAAGCAAGUGAAGCAGAUCAGAUCUGAAAAGGAUUAGUUUUAUUUCUCAGGCAAAUUUCCUAUUGAAAGCUACGGAUCUAUUACUUCUAUCUAGAACUGCUUGGUAGAGUGCCGAAGAAAGGCAUUUGGUUCUCAUACUUUGAAUUGUCUUCACCUUGCCUCAUUACGUGCUUAAAAAGUGUUACUUGGCAGAAAACUGAAGAAAAAGCAGUUGGUUGUCACACUUUGGACUAUCUUCACCUUGCUUGAAGUUUGUUCAACUUGAGCUUGUCAAGAAUGGCUUGUGGGUUUUGCGAGUCUGCUCUUUCUAACAGCGUGGGAACACUGCUCGUGGAUUGGGUGGCGAAGCCAGUAGGACGUCAAUUUACUUACAUUUGCCGUUUUCACCACAAUGUUGAAAAGCUCAAGAAAAGAAAAGAAGAUCUGAAAAAGUCACGGGAUCGGCUGCAACAUGACAUUGAGGAUGCUGAAAGGCAACUUCAAGAAAUUGAAGAUGAUGUCAAAGAUUUGCUAUCACAGGCAGACAUAAUCCUAUCUGAUGAAACUCUGGAAAAUGAAAUGCAACGAAAUAUGAGAUGUUUCAUUUGGUGUCCUAACUGGAGAAGGCAGUAUUGGUUAAGCAAGAAAGCAAUGAAGAACACUCUUGUUAUUGGUGAGCUUAUUGAGAAGAUCGCCAAAUUUAGUCAACCUGGACGAGUGGCCUACCGUUCACGUAGUACAAAUCCAACCAUAGAAUUUCUCUCAUCCAAGGAUUUUAUGAUUUUUGCAUCUUCAAAAAAAGGCUUCGAUCAGAUAAUUGAAGCCUUACAGGACGACAAGGUCAGCAUGAUUGGAUUGUGGGGGAUGCCAGGGGUGGGCAAGACAACCCUAGUCCGUGAAGUUGGAAUUCAUGCCAAAAAAUUAAAUCUGUUUGACGAAGUUGUGAUUGCUACUGUGUCUCAAAAGCCAAACUUUGAUACAAUUCAAGAUGAAAUUGCAAAAUACUUGGAUUUCGAUAUGAAGAAUGCCCAAGGAAGAAGAUCAAUCCAGGAGUUCUGGUCGAAACUGCAGAAGGAGAAAAGGAUUCUAAUAAUCCUUGAUGAUGUUUGGGCAAAAAUUGACUUAAAGGAGCAGAUAGGAAUUCCAUUUGCUGAUGAUCAUAAAGGCUGCAAAAUUCUUUUAACAACACGCCGUCAACACCUUUGUGUUACCAUGGAAUGUCAAAGGACAAUACUUCUUGGUUGUCUAAAUGACCAUGAAGCUUGGACUUUAUUUAACGCCAAAGCUGGUUUAAACGACUCUUCUAAUGUUAUUAAACAUGUGGCAUCUAAAGUUAUCAAAAAAUGUAAAGGUCUGCCCAUAGCUAUAGUUACAUUGGGAAGUGCUCUAAAAGGUAAAAAUCUUCAUAGGUGGGAAGCGGCAUAUAGGAGACUCGAAAACCGGAGAUUGGAUGACAUAGAGGACAUUGAUGAAAAAAAUGCUUACCUAGUUCUUGAGGUGAGUUUUGAUUAUUUGAAUGAUAAGGAGACCAAGAUGUGUUUCUUGUUGUGCUCUUUAUUUCCUGAAGAUCAUGAGAUUUAUGUAGAGGAGCUGGUGAGAUAUGCAUGGGGACUAGAGUUGUGUAAAGGUAUGGGCUCAAUUGAAGAAGUGAGAAGCGAAGUGCUUGCGGCGAUGGACAUCCUCAAGGAUUCUUGUUUGUUGUUAAAUUGUGGAGAAAGGCACGUUAAAAUGCAUGACCUGGUUCGUGAUGUUGCUUUGUGGAUAGCAUCAAACAGAAAGGAGUUUUCUUUUAUGAUAAAAUCUGACGUUGUUGAAAUGUGGCCAAAGGAAGAAAGUCUUGAGUCUUACGAAGCGGUCUCCUUCAAUACUAGUCGGAUUGUUGAACUUCCUAAAGGACUGGUAUGCCCAAAUCUCAAAAUUCUUUUACUUGGUGGAGAUGGGAACAUGAUAACUUCAAGUGAAUUCUUUGAAGGAAUGAAAGCAUUGAAAGCUUGCACUCUGAAUUCUAGAUUGAUAUCUCCAGAUGCAUUUCAGUUUCAAACAAACCUCAGAACUCUUCAUUUGGAACGUUGCAAACUCUUGGACAUCUCAGUGCUUGGGAAGUUGAAGAAACUUGAAGUUCUUUCAUUUAGUUGCUCUGAUAUCAAAGAAUUGCCAGAAGAAAUAGGUAAUUUGGAUAAUCUUAAAUUGUUGGAUUUGUCAUAUUGUGUACAACUACAAAGAAUCCCUUCUCAGUUAAUACGAAGAUUGUCCAAAUUAGAAGAACUAUACUUGCAUGGUUGUCAAUUUUUAAGUUGGGCCACUGAGAACACAGUACAAGAAGAAAGCUUUGCCAGUCUAUCAGAGUUGAAUUCGUUGUCAAACUUGAUUAUAUUAUCUUUAGAGGUUUAUUCUGAAGAUAUUCCAAGAGACUUUGUGUUCUGUAAAUUACAAAGGUUUUAUGUAUGUGUUGGCUUUGGCUUUUCUCAUUUUUAUCAAGGGAAGAUGGACUUUGAGAUCUGCCCAUUCUCGAGAUCUUUAAAAAUUAAGGGGUCUGUAAUAGAGGCAUGCAAGCAGUUAUUUGGGGUUUCAGAAUCUCUUAAUCUGAAAAAUGUGGUGGGUUACCAAAAUCUUGUUCCAAGCUUGGAGUCGGGCCAAGUGGUAUUCAGUAAGCUGACUUCUCUGGAUCUUGAGAGUUGCAAGCAUAUGAAAUGUCUCAUUGAUACUACAAAGCAACAGGAGCUAACCAAUGCAUUCUCUAAUUUGUUAGAAUUAUCUUUAACAAAUAUGCGUGGAUUGGAAGAGCUGUGCAGUGGUCAUCAACCGCAAGGGGUUUUGCUCAAAUUAAAAACUUUGACUAUAGAUAAUUGCUGGGACAUGACAAGUGGAAUUCCAAUUCUACAAAGUCUUGAAAGGUUGGAAGUUAAAUAUUGUGAUGAGAUGCAAGUGCUAUUUCAGAUUGCUGAAUUGAGGAGCAUACAACAAGGACCCAGUCAUUAUGUAUGCUUACAAAGUUUGAAGGUUGUAAGAAUAGACAACUGCAAUAAAUUGAGAUAUCUCUUCCCAACGUCUGUUGCUAUAAGUCUUGGGCAACUGGAAACGCUGAACAUAUCCGACUGCUUGGAAUUGGAAGAAAUAAUUCCCAAAACGGAAGUGUCAAACAUCAAUCUCCAAAGUCUAAGCGAAGUAUAUGUACGUGGCUGCAAUAACAUGACAUCUCUUUCCUCACUGUCGCAUGGUCAAAUUUUGGAGAAAUUGACAACACUUAAGAUUCGAGAUUGCUCUCGAUUGGAAUAUACUUUUCCAAUCUCAAUGGCUGAAGGUCUUCCACAGUUGCAUAAGGUUACAUUGCGUGGUUUGCCUGAAUUUAAAGGAAGGAAUGGAAAUGACAUUGUACUCACGCUGCCAUCUUUACAAGAGUUGAAAAUGAGAGAGUGUCCACAAUUUAUCAUUUCGGGGAAAAUACAGAUUGCUGAAUUGAGGAGCAUACAACUAGGACCCAGUCAUCAUGUAAGCUUACAAAGUUUGAAGGUUGUAACAAUAGACUACUGCAAUAAAUUGAGAUAUCUCUUCCCAACGUAUGUUGCUGAAAGUCUUGGACAACUGGAAACCCUGAACAUAUCCUUAUGCUUGGAAUUGGAAGAAAUAAUUCCCAAAACGGAAGUGUCAAACAUCAAUCUCCAAAGUCUAAGGGAAGUAUAUAUAUGUGGCUGCAAUAACUUGACAUCUCUUUCCUCAUUGUCGCAUGGUCAAAUUUUGGAGAAAUUGACAACACUUAGGAUUGGGGAUUGCUCUCGAUUGGAAUAUACUUUUCCAAUAUCAAUGGCUGAAGGUCUUCCGCAGCUGAAUAAGGUUACAUUGGAAAGAUUGCCUGAAUUAAAAGGAAGGGAUGGAAAUGACAUUGUACUCACGCUGCCAUCUUUACAAGAGUUGUGUGUGGAUGAUUGUCCACAAUUGACUCCUUUUAUCAUUUCGGCUAAAAUACAGGUAAUAGAACCAAUAGCAAUUCCUAAUUUGGAUGUCCCAAAAAAGAAAGAGAAGCUGAGGCUCAAGGAAAAGGAGACUUUAAAAGCCUCAAAAGCUGAACAGAAGAUGAACUUGUUAGAGAAAAAGGCUAUGAGCAGUAGAAAGCAUUGGUUUUUAUGA